AUGUCUAGCUUUGUGGGUGUCCUUGUUUCUGAUCAAUGGCUUCAGAGCCAGUUCACCCAAGUCGAACUUCGGACACUCAAAUCGAAAUAUGUAUCCCAAAGAACUCUGUCGGGACGUGCUACUGUGGGAGAUUUGCCACAUGUUUUCAAGAAAUUGAAGGGUUCCUCUGAGCUUUUUACCAAGGAUGAAAUUAAGGAUGUAUUGGCAGAGUCAUAUCAGAGCAUGGAUGAUGAAAUUGCCUUUGAGUCCUUCCUUAGGGCACAUUUAAAUUUGCAGGCUCGAACUAUAGCAAAAGAUGGUGGUUCAAAAAGUUCUUCUUCAUUUUGGAAGGCAGCCGCAACGACUAUUCAUCAUGCAAUUAAUGAAUCUGAGAAGGCUUCUUAUGUUGCACAUAUUAACAGUUACUUGGUUGAAGAUAAAUUCAUGAAGCAAUUUCUUCCAAUUGAUCCAGCUGCAAAUGCAUUGUUUGAUCUUGCUAAAGACGGAGUUCUGCUCUGCAAGCUUAUUAAUAUCGCUGUUCCUGGGACCAUAUAUGAGCGAGCUAUUAAUACAAAACGGAAUCUUAAUCCAUGGGAGAGAAAUGAAAAUCACACCCUUGGCCUCAAUUCAGCAAAGGCUAUUGGGUGCACAGUGGUUAAUAUUGGUACUCAGGAUAUGGUUGAAGGAAGACCUUAUUUGAUACAUGGUCUGAUUUCACAAAUAAUCAAGAUUCAAUUGUUAGCCGACCUGAAUCUGAAGAAAACUCCUCAACUCUUGGAAUUAGUGGAAGAUGAUAAGGAUGUGGAGGAGCUUAUCAGCUUACCACCUGACAAGUUUUAUUGA